GGGAAGCUUUACUAGACGGACUGAAUGAAAACAGCCAGCGUGUGUUUUUUUAUGCAGCACUGUUUAAAGUUUGGGGAGUGUUUUACUAUAAAAUAAAUAGCAGAAAUAAACACUGACAGUCCCUUUUACCCCCUGGCCUGGUUAGCCCGCGGUGUGUGCAGCACUGGUUUCAUAAACAGGGGGAAAGGCAGAGCUGCAGCAGGGGAGCCGCGGUAUUGUUAAGGUUAGCUUAGCUCGCUGGGUUACGUGUCCUGAUGCCAUCGGCUGAGCGGCGGAGCUACAGCAGAGAGCCGCGCUGUGAUCUGUGAGCGCGGUCAUGUAAGAAUUCAGCUAUCAGAACUCGGCACUGAGGUGGAGAUUAGGGCAGGAAUGGAGCGGGUAAGCUGGAGAAGAUAAUCAGCUGUAAUAUCAGCCAGCGUUACCGGUAACGGUGGGAUGAGGCUCUGUGAGCUGUAGCUAUCUAACGCUACAUCAGAUAGGAUUUUAUUUAGGAAGGUUAAGUGUUUCAGAAGCACCUAAUUUCCCAUCAUAAAUACCAAGAUGAUGUACUCUUCACGCAGGAAACCUGUGCUCUAUUUUAAAGAAGACAGAAGGUUUUUCUCAAGGAAAUGCACAGUCCUUAAGCUUUUUGGCCUCUGCAUGCUGCUCGUCCUGGGGUCCGUUUUGUGGCUGCAGCUGAGCUGUUCUGGAGACUUAAACCAAACAGUACGUGAUGGACUUCCUCCUCACCAGCCCUGUCCUGCAGAGAGACAGACCCCCACUGUCGAUGACCCCUCUUGGGGACCACACAAAAUGGCUGUUAUAAUUCCUUUCAGGGAGCGGUUUGAAGAACUUCUUGUUUUUGUGCCAUACAUGCACACGUUCCUCACCAAAAAGAAGAUUCGCCACAAGUUUCUCAUCAUUAAUCAGGUGGAUCACUUUCGGUUUAACAGAGCCUCUCUUAUUAAUGUUGGCUACAAGGAGAGUGGUAAUGACACGGACUACAUAGCAAUGCAUGAUGUGGACUUGCUGCCACUAAAUGAAGCUUUGGACUAUGGAUUUCCAGAGGAGGGUCCCUUCCAUGUAGCCUCACCGGAACUCCAUCCCCUGUAUCAUUACAAAACAUACGUGGGAGGAAUUUUAUUACUUACAAAGAAACAUUAUCAUAUGUGUAAUGGAAUGUCUAAUCGAUUCUGGGGAUGGGGAAGAGAAGAUGAUGAGUUUUUCAGAAGACUAAGAACAGCUGAACUGCAGCUUUUUAGGCCAAAGGGAAUAAACACAGGGUACAAAACAUUCAGGCACAUUCAUGACCCUGCCUGGAGGAAGAGAGACCAGAAGAGGAUAGCUGCACAGAAGCAGGAACAGUUCAAGAUUGAUCCAGAGGGUGGUCUGACCAAUCUGCGCUAUAAGGUGGAGUCCCGGCAGGAGUUGACUAUCAGUGGUGCCCCUUGUACUGUCAUCAGCACCUCCCUGGAAUGUGACCUCAACCAAACUCCUUGGUGCCAGUUCAGCUAACAUGCUUGAGCCUUUUACAGAGUGCCAUGAUUAUGCCAAGACUCUUGCUGUAUUGGGAUGCUGUUGAAGCCAGUUUUGCUUGAAUAGUCCUUUGGCUACCUAACCAGAAAGGAGUCCUGGAGUACUGUUAAAUGAGAGAGAGCAUGAUGCAGAAUGACUUGCUCUGCGCUUUUAUUUCUACUGGACAGUAUUACUUUGUUAAAUUUCAGUGACGCUGCCUCUGUUUUCCCGAGUCAGAACUGAACUGUCUGACCUAUUUCAGGUACUGAACUGAGAUUGUAUCAGUGAUGUUACGAAUAUGAAUUUUCAGAAUGGUGUAUCUGUAGCAAAGGCCUUUGUUUUAGACUUUUUUUUUGUGGUGCAGUAAUGAACAUUUCAUUUCCUCUUGACAGAUUUAUGUUUCCUUAUAAAUUUAAAGUGAAUGUGUCAAUGAGGACAUUACUCUCAGAUAUGUAAGAUGUUUUAAGGUACUUUGAGUACGUUUGCACACUGUUCAUAUUUAUAUAAAAUGCUUAAGACCUGUCGGCUUAAAGUUUAUUACUUCUUUAAUUACGUGUGUAUAAUAAGGAUUGGUCUUACUAUCAUUUUAAGUCACUCCUAUCAAUACAGGUGUUACUACAGAACUGCUGUGUAUAGUACUGCCAAAAUCAUCAUGCUAACACUGACCUUACCAAAAAAGCCACAGUCUUUGUGGCCUUUUUGUGACUUUUAGAGGGUUUUUAAAUUUUCUGUUCUAUUGUGUUUGUGAAUUAUUUAAGGGCUUUACACCAAAGCUAAAUAAAGCUUUGUCCAGUAUUA